GUUUCUCCGAAUGCUAUGCUCAUUAUAAACAAAUCUGAGAUGGCGGAAUUUAAUGAGAUGGGAAACGAAACGGAGCAGAAUAAUAGUUUUCGAUUGGAAAGAAUGAAAAAAGAGUUGGAAGGCUGGAAAGAAGUAUUGUUGCCUCUGAAUGGUCUUAUGAACUGGGAAAAGCCAUACCAUCCACCAAUCAUUGUUGGUCUGAAUACAUUUGUGUUCUUUCUGAUUUGGUAUUUUCAACCAUCCAUUUUGACAACCUUUUCGUUGAUUGGAUUGGCCAUAAUUCUGAUAGACUUCCUAGUUCCUAUGGUUGGUCCAACUUUGAUGUCAUCUAAAUGGACUGGAAGAGAAGAAAGGCAGUAUGAAGAUAUUUGUGUCCGUAUGUUGAAUGCCAAAACUCAUUUUGGUAAUUUCUACGAAGCUAUGGUAGAGCUGAAAACCAACAGGCCUAAAAUGUAUUUUAUUGUUAUUAUGGGAACACUAAUUUCGUUUGCCUGGAUUGGAUGUAAAAUGGAUAAUUUGUUAAUGACUUAUUUUCUCUUGAAUUUAAUUAUGCUUGUACCUGGUAUCAGAAGGAAUGGAAUACUGCAGAAAUACUUUGGAAGACUGGGUAAUGCCAUCAAGUCACUGAUACAGGGCAGAGUCAAGAAAUUGAAGUCCAACUAGUGUUCAGCAUUUCCAAACAUUUCCAUUUAUUCUAAGUCCCAAACUUUUGUAUAUUUGAUAUAUUUCUUAUGUAGGUAGCUUAUGUGUGUAGUGUCGAUUUUUGAUGAUUUUGAUUUUUUUAGAAUAGUGAAUUGUAUUUAAUGGGGCUGUUGUAGUAAUUAUAUUUAAAUGUGACAAAAAAAUAAUUAGCUGAGUUUUUCUUGUCCACUCAAAGAAGAUAGAGGGUUUUUUCAUGGACUACCAGUACAUUUACAUUUUUGCGAGGACAUAUGUUUUUUUCAAAAUAUGGGGCUUUAUGUACUGUCAUUAGGAAGAUAAAGAAAGGAGUGGUCUUUGGGAAAGUGGAAAUAGAUAAAAACCUUAGUCAAACUAAUUUUAGACUAGGAUAAAAAAAAAAAUAUAGAUUAGUACAGUAAUUCUAUGGAUAUAUCAACUUUUAGUCCAGAAACUAGGGCAUAUUUUAAAAUCAUACUAUGAAGUUUUUUUCUAUAUUUACUUGAUACAAACUAUUUUGUAAGACCUUUUUUGAAAGAAGCCUUGAUGCAUAAUAAAAGUUGUUUUAUAAUUGUUCAAGGCUUAGAUUUAAAGAAAAAAUGUUCUUAAAAUAUAACAUUAUACUAAAACUUGUAUAUAUAUAUCAAUUUGGUCUCAAUUAAUUAUUUUCUGUUCACUGAAAUGUCAACUGUACAUUUCGACAUCGUAUUAGAAAAAACACACCUUUUUGUAUGGACUUAUUAGAUAUCAUUAUUUAUUUUCAUAAAUUGUUGUUAAACAUUAUGAAAAAAAAAACAUUCAAUGAAAUUUGAGUUACUUUUUUCCAGAAGAAAAAGAUUUUUAUUUCAUAAUUAAAGUAGUAGUAAAGUAUAUUCUUUCUUGAAAUUUAUGAUAAUGUAUAUUGCUGAUUAGAUGUUGUGUAAUUUGUAUAUUUUUUAACCGUAAACAUACAACUUUAAAAAGGUUACACUUAAUUUAGGUUGGGUAUAUGAUACUUUUAAACACUAGUAUAGAAAAGAAAAGAAAAAUGAAUAAAAAUCAAUCUGCUACAUAUUGCAGGCAAAUUAACUCUUUUUUUUUUAAACUUUUGGAAAUUAGAAUUGAACAAAAAAUAUCCAAGUAAUGUUUAAUCAAAUUAGGAAAUUAAAUUCUAAAUCAACCAUUUUUGAAUUAAAUUUAUAGCCAAAUCAUGCUAUCUUCUUUUGUUAUAAAUUUUAAUUUUACUCCUUAAUUAUUUCACCUCUUUUUGUCCUCCAAAAAUUAAAAGAGUGAACAUUAAUUUGGUGUGGUGUUGAACAUACUGUAUAUGAUUAUAGCUUUAAUUAUGAUACCUCAGUAUUGUUUUUUAUUUUCUUUAUAAAAUUAUAGACUCAUACAUUUACUAUUUUUUGAAAUUAUCUGAAAAAGACUUUUUACCGAUAGUUUCAAAAACUAUUUACUGGGUAUGAACUUUUUACUGGAUACAAACAAUUUCCCAUAUUUUCUGUUAAAUAUAACAAUUAUUUACUGGUUAUUUGGACAAUAGCAAGUUUAUUGUCCCCCUCUUCACCAACUAUUUCCCUCUGCAUUGCGUUUAAACAUAGUUAUUGUUUCUGGGGAAAAUAAACUUGUCCUCAUAACCAGUAAAUAAGUGUAAAAUUGAGAAUGGAAAUGGGGAAUUUGUCAAAGAGACAACAACCGGACCAUAGAACAGACAACAGCAGAAGGUCACCAACAGGUCUUCAAUGCAGCGAGAAAUUCCCGCACCCGGAGGCGUCCUUCAGCUGGCCCCUAAACAAAUAUAUAUACUAGUUCAGUGAUAAUGAACGCCAUACUAAACUCCAAAUUGUACACAAGAAACUAAAAAACUAGACUAUUUAUGUAUAAUUUUGUUUAGGAAAUAUGUUCUUACCUAGAAAAACAAGUCCCACAUUUGUUCUAAAGAUUAGAAAUGUCAGUAAUAUUUUUUAAAUAGGAAUUUUUAAUGCUAUUUGCUAUUUUAUUUUAUUAUCAAAGGUGGUUACUAUGUGAGCAAAAUUUAAAUCUAUAGAUAUCUGAAAAGAAUCUUUCUUAAAUUAGAGAAUUGAAUGUUUAUUUUGAUGUAAUUUUUUUGAGCCCUAACUUGAAUACAAUAAUGUCUUUUCUUCACAUAGCUAAUCAAUAAUUUCAAGCAAUAAUUUUAAAUGCUUUUUGUGCCAAAUGUACAUAUAUGUCAUAAAAAUUUCUGUUUUUGCUUCACAAUCAGCUUAUUUUUACAUUAGUGCCUUAAAUUCUUCUGCCUAAAUAAAAGAACCCAUUUACUGAUUAAAAUCAUACUAUCUCAGAGAUAACAUGACAGGUAAGUAAUUAUUACAUUAUGUGUUCAGUGUAAUAAUUUCAAAUUUAGUCGGUGGCAUGGUUUUGGUAUAAUCAAAGGAGAAAGCAAUUUUUUAGCCCCUUGAAUUCUAAAAUCAAAAAGUAUUAUGUGAAUCUAUGAAAAAAUGAAAUUGGAUGUUCAUAAGAACUUAGUCUGUCAGAUAGUAGUAUUUAUAUUUUUAUGCCCCACCUAGGGGCAUUAUGUUUUUCGGUCUGUGCAUCCGUUCGUCUGUCUGUCCCGCUUCGGGUUAAAGUUUUUGGUCAAGGUAGUUUUUGAUGAAGUUGAAGUCCAAUCAAAUUGAAACUUAGUACACAUGUUCCCUAUGAUAUGAUCUUUCUAAAUUUAAUGCCAAAUUAGAGUAUUUACCCCAUUUUCACGGUCGACUGAACAUAGAAAAUGAUAGUGCGAGUGGGGCAUCCGUGUAUUAUGGACACAUUCUUGUUUAACUAUGCCUUGCAAAGUCGUUUAGAGGUUUUAAUUUCUUGCAUUUCAUGUAAACCUGCAAAAACUGCCAAAAUAGCCUCAAUUUGAGACAUCAUUAAUAGUAAGAUAUGAAGUAAAGCCAUACUUAAAAAUAUAGUUUGCUACAAGAGGUCAUAAAUAAUAAUGUGGGUAAAAUCUCUUUUUUGGCACCUUGUCUCAUAUCUGUUUUUGCCAAAAAUGUUUGUAAAAUGUGCAUUUGAGGUUAAAUAUGAUAAUUUCAUCAUUCUUGUGACAUCAUUGUGAAAUCACAAAUGACAUUUCUGCACUUAAUAAGUGAAUUAUCAAGAUUAUAUCGUUCUUGAAGAAAUUUAUGAUAUGUGCAUAGUUUUUUAAAGUCUUGAAGAAAUUGAUAAUUUAUGCAAUUCCAUGGACCAGAACAUGGCUAAUACCUACUUCAUUGACUAAAUCUGUCAGUUAAAAUUAAGCACCAGAACAAGUAUUUGAUGAUAACUACUUUUGGCAAGUAAUCAAAUGUGUAAUUACUAUUAUCAGUAGCAGCAUUAUUUUACAAGCAUUAUAUGAGGCUCUGGAAAGGGUUUACAGAAAAGAGAAUAAUGAGCCAAAUACAAAAAAAAUAAAAUAGGGAAAAUGAGCCAAAAAAAUAAAGAGAAUAAUUUGGUGGUAAUAUAUAAAGAAUAUAGAAGCCUUAAAAAAAAGAAUACAGACAUGAAGACACCCAUCCAGACACUCAUAUAUAUAUGUGUGUGUGUAUUCAAAUGAUGUUUAAUGUGCUUCAUAUUUAGAUUUUGUUAAGUUUUAUAUGUUAUUUAUCCAUAUAAAUGAUAUUUUGUUUUUUAUAUAUUUUUCUCCUGAUUUAUUAUAAUUAUAUGUAAAUGAAUGAGAAGUAAGUUUCACUUAUUUAUUGUACAUUUUAUGCCUGCUGUAGUAGUUAAUAUUAUUUUCAUGUAUGAUUCAGAAGAUUCGAUCAUUAAUUUAUUUUUUACAACAUAAACUGUUCAUGUGUUAACCCUUUUUCUAGCAAGCGAUCAGUUUUAGUUAGAUUGUUAAGUCGUAAGAGAAGUUUUUUUUGAGAAAAUAUAAAAGAUAAAUUACAAAAACUUAAAUACAAAAAAAGAAUAAAAGCUAAAAAACAUGAACUGGCAGACCAAUAUUUCGACUUAUAAGGUCUUUCUCAAGGGAUGUUGAAAAUUGGAAAAAAAUAUCCAGAUCAAUUAUAAGUGUAUUUUAAUAACAAUAAAAUGAGAUAAAAAAAUCACUAAUUAUGCACAAGUUUUCUAUCAGAAGUAAUUAUAUAGGUGUGGGUGCCAACUACUCAUAUGGCUUUGUUUCUAAACACUUCAGAUCAAUAGUAAAGUACAGUACUAUCCACCAAAUUUCUUUGAAUUUUUCAGAUAAUUAUUUUACCACAAUCCAACUUGGAGCUUUGGUGGCAUAAAACAUGAGAAAUAUGUGUAGGAACCAUUAUCUUCUUAAAACUUUAUUUAGAAUGAAAUAAAAUAUACCUUAAGAUAGUAGAUAUGGGUUAAGGAAAUAAUAAUCCUUUAGAACAGAAACAAUAUAAUCAGUGUUACUUAGAAGUAUGUUUAGUUGACACAAAUGUUUUAGUGGUUUUAAAGAGUUAUGUCCCUUAGUGUAGGGGUUACUGCUUUAAAAAUAGUAAUGGUUUUUCAAUCUGAUUUUGUAAAAAAAUCCCAGUUUACCCCCAUUUAGUGAAAUUGCACUGUAUUUAUUGAUAUUUAUUGUUGUAAAUUUGUACUUUUUUUCUUGCCAUCAAUUUAUUAUUUUUACAUCAUUACAAACAUUUUUUAGAGAUUUGUAUAAUAAUUCUUUAUAUGUUUGAAAGAUGUAUGAAAGAUUCUACAUUUUUGAUAUUUUGAUCUUUUUAAGAGUUUUGUAAGUAACAGUCAUAAAAUGUACAACUGCUAUUUUGAUUACCCUCUUGGUACUUUCAACAAUUUUUUAAGAUUGGUUUGAUACACUUUCUAAAAGCUGAUGAACAUUAUCGACUGGUUAGAAUGUCAAUACACAAAAUAAGGUUAAGUUUUAAGUCAAGUUUAUGGUAGUUAAGUGAGAUUCCAAAGUCAAAUUACACUUGGACUUAAGCACAAAUUAAUCAAGUCAUCAUUACUACCGGCAUUUAAAAUCCUCAGUAAUAGGUUCAAAGAUAAUGUGAUCUUGAUUUCAUUAUUAAGUGAUCUUGUUUAGUUUAGGUUUCAGUGAGUGCAGAAUUAAUUAUGAUAUCAAAAUUACUUACCACAGGCUUCUCUAAACCUGACACAUGAUCACUAAGGACCUGAUACAAGGUCCAUUGGGCACAGUAUACUCUAGGAAGAUUUAUUACCUGUAGCAGUGUAAUGAGUGUUAAGCUUUGGGAAUUUGCAACUUAACUUUAUCAUUUGGUGCAGCUUAAGAAAUUAGCAUAAUUGUAGUGGUGCUAACAUAGUGAUUAUUUAUCAACAUUAAAUUAUAAAAUUACAUUUAAAUCAUUAAAGGUUUGCUAGAGCUUGGGUAAUCAGAAUGCAUUUCAUAUUUUUUGCAAAUACUGUAAUACAUCCAGUUCAUUUUUGCUGAUAAAUUUUUGCAUUUAACCCUAUGUAGCCGACAUCAUAAUUUAUUUACUGUGUAUCAUUAUUAUUCGUUGGAUACCAAUUUUCGUGGAUUUCGUUGGUACAGGUGAAUCACGAAAUUAAAUGCUCAACGAAUAACAAAAUUUCUAUAGGCUUGAAUGAAGACUUCGGAAAAACCACAAAAUAAAAUAUCCGUGAACAUGUAAGUUUUCCUUAAUCCACGAAAAUUGGUACCCACGAAAAUUGGUACCCACGAAAAUAAGUGAAUCCACAGUAUGGGAUUAUCAAACUUUGUUUUCAUGAUAUAUCCCUAAUUAUUUAUGUUUUUGCAAAAGUUGAAUAAAAAAUCACUUUCGGUUAUAUGUUGGUUUUCGUAAAACGUAUGUUUUGUUCUGUUGCCUUUAUACUAAGAUAUGCAAAUUAUAAAAAAUUUCAAAGAAAAUAAAUCAAUAGAAGACUUGUAAUACUCAGUGUGCCAUGAAUAAAUUUUUGUUUUAGCUA